AUGGCUUCCGCUUCAGUUGUGAAACGCUCUGUGUUAAAUGUCGGUGGAAAAUCGUUUGACGUGAUUCUUUCUCAGACACAACUGUCUUGGGGCCAUGUUCGUAUUGAGGAUUGCAGACUAGGUAAUGAAAUCAACUUUUUCGUCGAUGAUUAUAUAAUUGCAACCCAGAAUUUCCGCUUAUAUUGGUUGAGUUUUAAUAUCUGUAAACUUUACAUUUGAUUUUUGCUACAUCUAGGGCAGUUUGCUUGCUGAACUUUUUUUUUGACGUCUAUAGCAUCAUUACUAUAAGAUGGGGUCAAUUCAUAGUAGAUUGAUCUCGUCCGUCUUGCAAAUUACCUUAAAUACAAAACCGAUUUUUUUUUCACUUUCAUCCAUUUGACUAUGCUCUUGAAGUUUGCUGCUGUUAAUAGUCCACUUUUUCUACUGUGAUUUCAGCUUCAAUAUUAUUAUUUUUGUUCUCUUGUAUUUUAUAUUAUAACAGCAAAUCCAUUUUCCACUAAUUAGGACAAACAACAUACCCUGUGGGUUUUAAAAUUUAGAAUUCAAUUUCAUUUUUCUCUACUGCUUUGUAAUUGAAUUUCAGCCUGUUUUUUUUCUGUCCGAGCAAAAACAGUUGCUCAACAGUGUGUGAUAUCCCCAACAAUCCAAAUUUGAGUUUGCAUGUGUCAGGAAUGAUUGCCGAUUAUCCCAGACUUUAGACGAUACUUAUUAUUUUGAUUAUUGGCAAAUCUAGGACUGUUGGGAAAUAGUAAAAUCCCCAUUCAUCUGGGAUUUUCUCAGCACAUAAAAACAAGGCUUCAAGAUUAGUAACCUUGUAAAACUAUAGCAGUAGUUGAUGUUUAUAAACAUUUAUUUUGUCCUUUUAAUUCAUCAACCACUAAAAUGAAAGAACCCAUUGUUUUAAAAGCUGAUGUGCCCUUGGAUAGCAAUACCAAUAGGUCAGAAUUAUUGUGAAUUAUUGCUCCUGAAAUCCUAGGCUUGUAUGAGCCACUGCAAGGAAAAAUGAGUCCACACUCAUCUCCCCUUUCUUCAGGGAGGGGAUCAAAGACCAGACUUGGGAGAUCUCUGAAAAUCAAGCCUGUAUUUUGUAUUCGUACAUUGUUAUUUUCUUUAUUUAUCUUAUAUUACAGGCCCUUUAAUUUAUAUUACAGAUAAGUUUGAAGACGUCAUUCAUAAUAUUAAAAUAUCAGAUUACAAGAAUAAAAUGAGAAGGGCAAGAUAUAGUGAAACUAAUUACACACCCUGUGCUUAAAUUACAGUUUUAUUUAGGAUAAAUGAGAAAAAAAAGUGUAUAAAGUAUGAAAUACAAAAGAGAAGGAAAAGCAAAUUACACAAAAAUAUAGAUUAUACGAGGGUCGGUGUGGCGGUGAUUACUACUGAGCAAGCUAAUAGUAAAAAGUGCUCUUUUAAACAAUUUUUUAGUUGUCUUUUUACGUGUAGAUAAAGUUAAUCAAGCCUACCAAAGUCCUUUCUCAGGUGAAACCAGAUUUUCUUCCCAUGAAGAUUAAGGGCUAGGAAUCAAAGGAAAUUCUAAACCAACAAGGUUUCCAACUGCUUUAAACUAAAAACAGAUUUACUUAAAAUCUUCAUAUCUCUAAAUCUGUUCUUGCCUAUUAUGUUUAUGAUGAGUAUUUUUGACUUGUAUAAUUUAUUUGUGUUAAUACAGCAAAUGCAUCCUUCAAGAGGUCCUUGCAGUUAGCUGAGGUAUUUGCUGUUGUCCCAAAUAGUCCUAAGUCUUCCCUGUCCACUGAGGGAGAAAUUGAGUUGGUAUCGCUGAAAAGCUCGUCAUUUUGUGUCUAUUCAAUAAAAAGAUCAAGAAAACACAAGUGGAGAGAGAAAGCAUUUGUGUUUGAUUGUGAAGAUGAGGGUCUAUGUCAGGAGUGGAUUGACAGUAUACAAAGCAUCCUCUCAGGUAGGCCAUCUUUUUGCCAUCACUCUCUGUACUGGACAUGUGAAAUGUAAAAAUAUUGUGUCAUGAGGAAAGUACAAAUCAGUUGGGAGAAAAAUAACCUGGAAGUAAUAAAUACUAAGCAAAAUAUUUUUUGUCUGAAAUCAAGCUCACCGUUAGGAAAUCAAAAAGUUUUUGGCAAAGAGUCACAUGCAAGCCAUGAGUAAAGUAGGAAAGUGCAAGGAGAGUGAAGGGAGAAGGUUGAGGACGAGCUUGUCACAAUAACCCAGCAACUCUUGCAAUUUCUAAAUGGAGAGCUUUAUAACAAUCAUCACUGCAAUAUUUUACGCUUUCAAAGUAGUCAUUCAUCUGACAGUAAUUUUAUGUCCUGUUUUACCAGACCAUUUGUUUUUGUUUUUGUUUAUUUUUUUGCAAAAUGUUACAAUGUUGGGAUACAAGCUGCAGGAGACAUCAGCUAGUGUUACAUAGUAGCCGCGGGGGUAAACACCCGGCCCCAGCUCUCACUGACAGCCCUGCAGAUCUCAAAUAUUAACAAUAUUACAUUAGCAAGGAUACAAUGUAUAUACCUGUCUAGUGUUAUCAGGGAUGUCACUAAGAUUUCAAGUUUGCAGGUAAAACAAGAAGUAGGUGGGGAAUUAAACAGCUAGGGAUUUCUUUUGGUUCUAUUUUUCUUUUAUUUUCCUAAGAAAGUAGCUGGGGAAAAUCCCCAGUCUCCAUGUCUUAAUGACAGCCCUGCAUAUUAUAACACUUUUUCAGGUUUUAACCGACCAAAAAGAUUGUUAGUGUUUAUAAAUCCUGUUGGUGGCAGAAAACUGGGCUGUAAAAUAUACAUGGAACAAGUGCAGCCAUUGUUUGAACUGGCAAAUAUCAAAGUUGAUAUCAUUGGUGAGUAGCUACUAGUGUACAUUAAUAAUAAUAAUUUAUUCAUUUAUAGUGCGCUUUUUAAUGUGCUAGGUGCUUUGUAUAAAUGAAUCUCAGAGAGAUAAAUGAAGAUGUGUGGUAACUUCUAAAUGUAUUAAUUUUUUUGAAGUUUCUCUAGGCUUUCAUUAAUUUUUAAAGGUAGGGGGAAAAGGAAACCUAGCUAGAUAUUUGCUAAUUCCUGUCAUUGUCAAAACAGUGCAUUGUGUAGCCAGGUCUGGGCUCAUUUUCUAACACCUGAGGGAAAUCCUCCACCCUCAGCACUUGAUGACCGACCUGCAUCCUAAAUUUUGCAGCAUUGUCUGAUGUAAGAUUUUAUGCAAAGUGACCUUAAGACUUGUACUGGAUAGUAAAGCACAAUUGUUCAUGUGGGCAGUGCAUUUACAGAGUGACUUGUGUUAAGCCAAUUUCUUGUGCAUUUUUCACCAAUUAUAGAAUAUUAUUGUUAGUGGUGGAGUGGAUAUGUCAAACAGGUAUCUUAUUUUUUUCAGUUACUCAAAGAGCUAACCAUGCCAGAGAUUACCUCUUAGAAGAAGGCCUGGAGAAGAUAGAUGGGUAGGAUAGUUGCACCAUUACAUUUGUCUUUCUUGAAUUUUUUUAUCUUACUACAUGUACCUAUAAAUGUAGCAGUGAUCCCUUUCUGCAUCAACCCUCUCUAAUACCCUAUUCACAACAAAGCUUAAAACACGCUUUAAAUUUAUUUUCUUUAUACAAAAGCUACUUGCUGUACUUCAGUUAUUGAUGGCAAAUUUAUAUUUAGUGCUAUUUGCCAAUGACUCAAAAUUAAUAGGGAAUGCAUGAUCACCAGAAACCAUUCAAUCAGACUUACACUGCUUAACCCAUUGGGCUGAUGCGUGGCAAAUGAAAUUUAAUGAAUCAAAGUGCAGCGUCUUGCACAUUGGUAAGGAUAACCCUAAGAGUAACUAUACGAUGGGUUAUUCACCCAAACAAGUGGUAGAGAAGGAAAGAGAUCUGGGAGUGGUUGUUUCAGCUGGUGAUACCCUUUGUUGGGAAGAACAUAAUAUGAGGAGUGAUUGGAAAGCAAAACAAAUGACCUCGUUAAUCAUUAGAAAUAUAAUAUCUGGAAAACCAGAAGUGCUUAUACCAUAUAAAAGGAUGCUUUUGUGUAGAGAAGAUCUUCGUGAUCAUUAUUUGCCCACAUUCCCACUAACUCUGUUAUAAGUAAUAUUAUCAAUAAUUAAUAAAUUACUCAUAAACAGGGUUAGAGUUUUCAAGUUUUUUUAAUAUGUUAAUUUCAGGGUCGUUUCUGUUGGCGGAGAUGGCAUGUUUCAUGAAGUACUCAAUGGUCUCCUCAUAAGAGCACAGCGGGAUGCCAUGUUGGAUUCAAUGUCACAUGAUUUUGAACCAGUCCCCCUCAACAUCCCUAUAGGAAUCAUUCCUGCUGGAUCAACAGAUGCUGUAGCUUUUUGUACAACAGGAAACAACGACCCUGUAACCUCAGCUCUUCAUGUUAUAUUAGGUUAGUAAACACUAUGACCAUUUUUACAACAAAAAGAAUAUCACAACAGAAAUCAAAUUUCUCUUCUGUAAAAUCCCAAGGCCAAGUAAAUAGAAGAAAAAUGAUUCUCAUCUGGAUUUCUGUUAAAAAAGAGAGCAGGUAGGCUAAUUCUGUUAUGGCCAAUAAAAGAGAAGCAACCCCAAAAAGUGAAGGGGGCGGGGAUGAGAAACAUGUUUUACAACGUGGCCUAAGUAAUAAUAUUGUACUAUGAAAAUAGACUACGAGUAGUCCCCCAUUUUUCCUCAGGGAUAGUAGAGCGAGAGAAACGCGAGCGCGCGUGAAAAUCCCCCACGCGAGAAAAGGCGACACGCGGCGUGGGGUGAUUUUCACGCGGAAACGUUGGGAAACGUUACACGGGAUACGGGAUUUGACCAAAUGACAGUGCGAGAUUCAGGAAACAUUAUCGGGAUACGGGAUUUUACUGUAACUCGGGAAUCGGGACUCGCCAAAGUUUGUCCACGCUUGCGGGAUUGAGAAUCAAGUAGGACUCUUUAUACUCUUCGACUGAAAACCGCUGUACAACUAAACAUGCGCAGGUGACAUGCAGCCGCUGGACGUCUGUUGUGUUAAAAGAAAGAGCGAGGUAUUACGUUACAGCGUUGUCAUGGCAGCCUAUGGGUUUUUUGGUGAUGUUAUGCAAGAUAGCGAGAAGCUUCGCUGGAUGGGACCCAGGAGAUACGAUGUAGCUGGUUUUAAAAAAUUCAUGUCAAACAGGUACGUUCUGAUAAUUUGCUGAUUGUCUGAUGCUGACUAUCUUACUUUCAAGAAGUUUUGGAUAGUGCUUAAGCUAUGGUAAAACGAACAACAAAACGUGCAAUUUAUAUUGCAACAUUGGUUUAAAACGAGUUGAGAAGUUAGGUAAGUUGCGCAUUUUACCAGCCGCGUUCAAAUCCGUCUUGCAACAAAUCAGGUUGUUGCGAGGUGGGUGAAGGUUAUACUACGCGCGAGUCAGUCAUACCAGACGCGAGAGUUAUGUCACUUGCUGUGCUGCUAAACAAGUCUGCCUGGGACCGGUAAAACGUACAAAAUAUACAGAUUUUGUUGCAAAAAGUAGAACUGCUCUCUACUUUCUGCGACAACUUUCGGCAACCUUCAACAACCUGAUUUGUUACAAGACAGGUGGGUGGAAAACGCGCAACAUCGCUAUUUAUCUCGUUUUGCUGCAGUCUUGCUGAACAAGUCUCACGUUUUUUUGUCUUUACCCGUUUUACUCUUCCUUAAAGCCCUUAUCUGAUGAAAUGAUGAGCUGUUACACGUCUCUUAAAAAGGCAGUAUGUAAAUCGCCUGCGCUGCGAAAAGUUACGUGUAAAUAUUCAAAAAGAACGUGACGUGAGACUCAUGCAGUUGUCAAGAAUGUAUAAGGCUGUUCCCGGAGGGCAGUUCCUUAAAACCAAAUUUCUAGAAAGAGCAGCUCGUGAAUAUAGGGUUCCAGUCCAACAACUUUAGUAACUUUGACGGCAGGAAAACCUAUUCGAUGCGCGCGCACGUGUUCGUGAACUUCAUUCAGUUCAUGAAUGGAGUCAUGGUCGCACUUAGAAACUCGCCCUGUUAUGUUCCGUAAUUCGAGGUUUCAAAGGUGGCUACUUUGAGGGUUUGGGUAAAUGGUACGCAAAACGUAGGACUGGUAAAUUUCCGGCGUCCCGGAAUCGCGUUUACCAUUGUACAAAUCAGUUCAUCCAAAAACGGCCGCGAAGGCCCUAAACUGUUAAAAAAGAUUGCUUUGAUGAAAUGGAACACGGAUUUCCGUUUGGAACAUUCCUUCUGGAAAAACAGGACUACCUUUUCAGGUGUUCCGUUGCUCCCGAAAAUUUUCCACUGGAACGACGCAAAAAGUCGUGUUCCUUAACUUUCCAACCGGUUUUUGCGGGACGUUUUCGUAAAUAGUAAACAACCACUGUUUGGUUCAGUUUCUUCAGAAAAUCAAUUGUUAUCUUCUAACAGGGGGUAUGAAGGAAUUGUAACGUUUUUGGCAGUUCAAAAUGGAGACACUGGUCCUCAAGACAGAACUAGAUGUCGCUCAGGGUGAGUACGAAAGUCGGGAUCGGGUCUUUUCGCCUGAAGGUCGAUUCGCAGAUGGUAGUUUCCCCGGACUUCAGUUGAUUCGCCCAAUGCAUAUUUGUCGUUCUUUAAGCCUGAAAAGGAAAAAGUGUGAAAAGUCGGUGACUACACAUAUGGAAUCUAAACUUGCUAAAUCUAAACUUCUUAUGUUCACUUCGUUGUGGAGUGUUGUAUGUCUUCGGGUGAAUCGACUUAAGUCAGGGCGUAACCUCCUCGGGCGAAUCGACUUUUGGGCGUAACGAUCGCACUGAAUUCCUUCGUGCUCAGCUUUGUUACUUGCGUCCUCUCUCGAUACUUUUUGCCCUAAACAGUCAAGGAACAGAUGACCGUAAACAGUUUAGAAAUAUAAGAAAAUAAAGAAUUUUGAAAAUAAAUUCUAUCAAGAAAUAAACAGGUACGCGUAGCCCUUAGUUUGCCUGGUAAUCGUGAAUGUGUUUAAAAAAAUUCAGAAUGUCAGGUUAUGGGUGGCCAUGUGGAUCACAUCGACUGAAACCAGAUUUAGUGACCAGUGGCUUUAGUGAAAACAAGGGCUUGGCGGGGAUUCAUACUUUUGCAGGCUCGCAAACCCGGUCUCCGUCUCGCUUAAGCCUCGGUAACCUGGCUUGCAACAAAUCAGUUUGUUGGAAGUUGCGUGUGAAAACUGACUGUAACACCCUGUACCCCCUGUAAUCCCUUGUAACCUCUUGUAACCCCCUGUAACUCUCUGUAACCCCCUGUAACCCCCGUUAACACCUUGUAAGCUCCUGUGACCCCUUGAGACCUUUUGUAACCUCCUAUAACCUCAUGUUACGCCCUGUCACUUAGUUUGAUUACUGUUCGUCAAUCACUGAAUAAAAUUACAAGAGAGUCACUUAUGGUAUAUUUUUUUGUCUUUUAGUUGUGGCGUUUGUAAUGAUGUUUUCGACUCCCGUCUACAACAGACCUCAGAACAGCAUUCUAACGGUAAGUUGAAGGGGAAAACCUAGCCUGCGUCGUGUGGGGGCUGGGGAGAGAGGGACGCUAUUCCCUUUCGCGCUCUUUCCCCCUCCCCUCUCCUCCCUUCCCCUUUUUUGGUGCCUGCCUUGCGUGCAAGAAGCUGAUGAAAUUUUACGGUUCCAUGUUGUUAUAUUUAAAAACUCCAGCUCAACCUUAUCAUGAUUAAAGUCGUCACAAGUUCAUGCGCCGUGGGCACUGACGCUAGAUUACCUAUCUAUUUCUUGUGUUUGCACUUCAGCUUCCAUGUGGCAGUCAGUGAAAGGUCGUUUUAUCAGUGUGAUUGGAGCCAACAUAUCUUGCGCAUGUGCAAAGAGCCCUGAAGGCCUCUCUCCCAGCGCUCAUCUGGCUGAUGGCUGUAUGGAUCUUAUACUUGUUAAACAUACUUCACGCUUUCAGUAUCUCAAACAUAUGCUUAGAAUCACCUCUAAAGCCGAUCAGGUCAGUACCGAUCAUUUUUUUAUACUCCGCUUUCUCUUCCCUAAGGUCUCGCCCUUGUUAUUCAGAAGUGCCUCAUUCGCCACUUUAGAUACGAGAAGGGAAUUGGGGCCCGGUAACUUUUCCGGCCCGAAAUCAAAUAUUCAAAUCGAAAUAAAAAGAAUAAGAGCGCGGGUCCUGGCUAGCAAACUACCCCAUCUUGUUUCACUAACUGAUAGUUUUAUCACGUUAGAUGCAAAACUAUUGAAACCUCGAUCUUUAAUGUAAACGGAGACAGUUUACCGGUCCCGUUAAUUAUCGGGACUUUCGAGAAACGGGCCCCUAGACCCGCAAUACAUCCCGCAAUUGUUUCUGGGAUUGUUACUGGGGACACGUGCGCCGGUCAGCUAUUGGCCAAUUUUUUUUCCCUGUCCUUAGUAACAGUCCCAGAAGUCUUUGUGAAAGUUAACUCGACCCAGUUCCCUUCUCGCUUCUCAAGUGGCGAAUAGGGAGAUGAAAACUAUAGUUGAAUUUUUCCAAAGUAGGGUAAACUACGGCUCAUUGUCACGUCUUCCACUGUCGUUCUUUUAACGAAAUCGGUAAUGAGUGAAAAGCGUCUCCUAGAUUUAUCAUGUUCCUCAUUCUCAGUGUUUUACGAACUCUUUCUCGUUUAAGAGGGCGAGAAAAGCCAAGCAGGAGAAAAAGCCCUUCUUCCCGUCUUACGCGUAUGGAAAAGAAGCUACUGCCGCGCAUUUUCCUCCUCAUUUCGAUCAAAGGGUAAAAAAGCAGACUUCAGCGUAGAUGCUCUUGUCAACUAACCUCCCAAAUGUUACGAUCCUUGUACACCGUCAGUUCUUUAUAACGUCUUUUUUCUUUGAGUCCUAUAUUAAAUUGCGCUGGAAAUAAUCCCUUUCUUUUCUGUUUUUAAUCCGCCACACAGUUCAACUUUGAUUUUGUGGAAGUUCACCGUGUGCGCGAGUUUCACUUUCGUCCUUCUAACGAAGAAAGUGACGCUGGUCAUGAAAUCGACGGAGUCGAGGAAACAGACACCAGAGAAGAUGAUGAAGAGCGGCUGGCCGCGAAAACAUCAUCAACUGCGCCACGACCACGCGCCAGGAGCCUGUGGAAUGUGGACGGAGAACUCGUUACUCAUCCGGCGAUACAUAUCAAGUAAGAAUUAUGGCAGUGAGGAGAUUAAUUUAAUUUAAACACUUCAUAGCGAAGUCAUAACUAUUGAAAGCCCAGCCACGUUAGAUCAACUCACAUACUUGCGUACUUUCACCUCAUGAAGUAACGUAAAAACACUACGCCGUGUUUUGAUUUCUUAUUAUUUAAUUAUUUACCUUUUUCUAGGGUUCACCGACAACUUAUUCGCCUCUUUGCUAGAGGAAUUGAAGAAUGUGAAGAUACACCGGCUUGCACAAUUUGCAGAAGGCAUUGA